CUUGAUUGAUUUGUUUACUUUUCCUGUUGAUGUAGAGACAUUGCGAGAGGAUAGCUAUUUACAAAAUUCACGGAAUCUAUUUAGAGAACCAUUUUGAAGGCAAUAACAUUCAACCAAUAGAUUUGCAUCAGUGAAAAUUUGUGUUAAAACCAUUUGAAUUUUGCAAUAUCUCUUGCCACCAUGAUUAGAAGGCUUGCCAGUGGACUAUCUUUUGCUAGAAUAAAUUACAUCAAGAUGCAUUGCUCCGCAGAUAUUUUGCAAGCAAGAACCACAUUGAAACACAAUUUCUCUAUCUCUUCAGUUCAUCGUAACGGGGAGUAUGAAUAUCAAGAACCAAAAAGCGAGGAUGAAGUAGUUAAUGUCAUUUACGUAGACAAGAAUGGAAAAGAAUUUCCGAUCAGGGGAAAAAUUGGUGACAAUUUGAUGUAUCUGGCCCACAGACAUGAAAUAGAAAUGGAAGGUGCAUGUGAAGCAUCCCUAGCCUGCACUACGUGCCACGUCUAUGUAUUAGGUGAACACAAAGACCUUUUGCCUGAGGCAACUGAGAAAGAGGAGGAUCUGCUGGACCUUGCACCUUUCCUGAGGGAGGAUUCCAGAUUGGGUUGUCAAAUCAUAUUGAAUAAGGAGCUUGAAGGUUUGCGUGUGCAGCUACCUGCUGCCACAAGGAACUUUUAUAUCGAUGGCCACAAACCAAAGCCCCAUUGAAAAAGUUAUAAAUAAAUUAGCGCAACAAAUGGAAUUCAUAUUCGUUACUUUGUUAUUUUUUUUCAAAAGUCAAACACAUGGAACUUAGUUAGUGCUCACAAUGUUAUGUUAAUAUAAACUUGAUUUUCUUAAAAAAUGAA